AUGGCAUUAAUUCAACGUUAUACAACUGAACUAUCAACGCAUUCUACAGUCAACCGUCAUGUUCAUGAUGAAAAACAAUCUGUUGAACAUUCUCUUCAAAAUGUUGCCAAUAUAAAACGACAAGAUGAUGAUGAAAAACGUUAUCUUCAUUCAUUAAAUGAUCGUCUUGAAGAUUUACUUCAUAGUUUAGAUGAACUUGAAAAAGCCAAUAUAAAAUUACGUGAUGAUUUGAAUUUAUUAAUAUUAAAUUGGGGUAUUGGUGGAGAAAAUCGUUUAAAAUUUUUAGAAGAUCUUGAUCAAAUCAUAAAACGUUUAGGUGAACAAAAUCGUCAGAAAAUUAUUUUUCAAGCUGAAGCAAAAAUAUUCGAUGAACAAAGUGAACUUAUUGAUCGUGUUUCAGUUGUUUUUGUUAGUGUAGUUAAUUUAUAUCGAGAUAAAUGUCAAAUCUUAUUUGAAUUAACAAAUGAAUUAGAAGAAGAAUUACGUAAAAUUCGUUUACGUCUUGAUUUAAGUAAUACACAAGUUAAAGCUCAUGAUGAUGAUUAUCAAAAAGAAUUAGCAAAAUUUCGUUCAUAUUUAGCUGAAUGGUCACAACUUGCAUUAGAUAAACAAUAUUUAUUAAAUGAAAUUCAAUCACUUAAAGAACGUUAUAAUUUACGUUUAGCUUAUAAUCAAGAAGAAAUAAAUGAAUGGCAACGUUUAUUAAAUCGUAUAUCACAAGAAUCAAAAAAUUAUUAUCGAGAUUAUUUAGAUACAAUUAAACAAAAAAUACAAAUGGAUUAUGAACAAAUGGCUAAAGAUCAACAAAUAGAUAUUGAAAUAAAAUUAAAAAGUCGAUUAAAUGAAAUGCAAGAGAAAAUUCAUAUGGGUUUACCACUUGAUGAUGCAGAUGAAAGACGACGUCAUGAAGAAAGUCAACGUUUUGAAAGUCGUUUAGAUGAAAGUACAAAAGAAUAUGAUCGUUUACAAAAUGAUUAUCAAAUAUUAGCAGAAGAAAUGCAACGUAAACGACGAAUAUUACGAAAUCUUGAAAAUGAUUUACGUACUAAAGCACGACAACAUGCUGAAGAACAUGCUCGUCUUGAACAUAAUACGAGUUUAACACGUGCAGAAUAUUAUGCAUUAAAAGAUGAAUUAGAUAAAUUAGCUUAUACACUUCGAUUCAGUGUUGAAGAAGAAUUACGUAUUUAUGAAGCUUUAUUAAAUUCAUUAAAUAGACGAAAAGAAGAUCGUGUAAUUACUGAUGAUUCAAGAUUUCAUCAAACAACAACAAAACGUUUUACUGAAACACUAAAUACUGAAGGAGAUACAAUUGAUUUUCGAAAAUCACAACCGAAUCUAUCUGAAACAUCACGAACAUUUGUAACACAAACAAAUAUUAGUGAUACGCUACCAUAUCGACCACCACCAUUACUAUCAGAAACAAUAACAACAACAAAACAUUUUACUGAUACAUUUAAUACUGGUGGAGAUUCAAGUGGAUUUCGACGUUCUCAACCAAGUUUAUCUGAAACAUCGCGAACAUUUACAACACAAACAAAUGUAAAUGAGUCAACAAAAUAUCCAUCAUCACCAUUUAUAACAGAAACAAAAACAAUAAAACAAGAACAUGAUACUGUAGACAAACCAAGUAAUCAAUGGUCUUAUGAAACUAUUUCAUCAUCAUCAACACAUGGUGAUGUUGCAGAUCGUGAUCGAUCCGUAGAAAAGACAACUAUUCCUACACGUACAGAUGCAGAUCUAUAUGGUAUACAACAAAAUUUAAUUGAUCAAAAUCGAACAACAACAACUACACGAACAACAAAACGUUUUGGUGGUGAUGCUUCUGGACGUCAAUCAGCAGGUAUUAGUUCCGGUCGUAAGAGUCAAGUUAUUACUUCUGAUGUACCAGAACUUGAUGAAAAAUUUUUGCAAAGUAAAAUUCAUAUUACACGAAAAUAUAAAGGAAAUAUUCUUAUUAAAUUUGUUGAUGUUAGUGGUCGUUUUGUUGAAAUAGAAAAUACAGGUAAUCAACCACGUGAUUUAACUGGAUGGUAUAUCGAACGAAUAGUUGAUGACCAACGUAUUGAAUAUACAUUUCCUAUUUAUGAACUUGGUCCACAUAGAACUGUUCGUGUUUAUGGAAAUUAUCAUCGACGUUCAUCAUCAAAUUCUACUGAUCAACAUUUACAACUUAUUGCGCCAAAUUUUUAUGAUUGGGGAAAUGGAAGACAAAUGCGUACUGAAUUAUUUAAUCGUGACGAUGUUGGUAAAGCAUUAUUUGAACAAACAAUAAAAGAUUAA